UACAAAGAACCCACAAGUUGAAACCCAUCGUCAUCUGCAUCUCAAGUUUUUCUUAUUCUCCCUUCCUCCUCCUCCUCUUUUUCUUAUUCUUCUUUUUUUCUCGAAAAAAAAGAGAACAAAAAUUAUCUUUUAUCAGUGUUUUUUACAAUAAUGUACAAUCUUCAGGCCUUUGUGGUCGCGCUUUUAGCGACUGGGAUUCUGAGUGCACCUCAACGACCUCAAAGUGGAUCUGAGAAGGAUGCAGUCAUCACCUCACAGCAACUUGAAGUCAGUCACGAUGGAUCCUACGUUAACAAUUUCGAGACGAGCAACGGCAUCAGCCAUCAGGAAUCGGGACAGACAAAGCAAGUCGAUCAGGAAACGCCGGUCGUUGCUCAAGGUUCGAAUUCUUAUACAUCGCCAGAAGGUGAAAGAGUGAGCAUAACAUUUGUGGCCGAUGAAAAUGGCUAUCAAGUUCAAGGCUCCCAUAUACCAACACCACCUCCAAUUCCACCAGAAAUUCAAAAGGCGCUCGCCUGGAUUCUCGCUCAUCCCGAGGAGAAUGAUUUGGGACAGGGAAAUCCACCACCUAGAAGAGGUUGAUCAUCAUCAUCCCAAAACGCGACACAUUCGAAAGAAUCCAGCAUCCAUGGACAAAAUAGACCCCAGCUUUCCAUCUAUUCCAUAUAAGAAUAAUUAUAUUGUGGUAUAAUAAUAUAAUCCAUAAAAAAAAUUAAUAAAAAUACGCAUUAUAGAAAUUUGUUAUUAAAAAAAAACCAAUAGGCAUGUAUCGCGAUUCGUUAACAAUCGAACCGACAAAAAAGAAUUUAGUUUUUUGUACCAAAAAAUUAAAAAAAGAAAAGAAUGUUAAUCUAGAGAAUAAAAAUACUUUUUUUUUGUUACGACUUCGUGACACAAUGAGCGACAAUGUGCUUAUAUUAUUAAUAUUAUUAUUAAAAUAAUUAUUACCAAUUA